UAAUUUAAGAUCUAAAUGGUUCCUUGUUGUUCCUGCGUUAUGUUACGUAAUGAAAUAGAAGGAUUGCUCCCCCUGACGGUUACCUGAGGAAGAGUGUAAUACUGAUAGUUCUUCGCGAGUUGCCAAACAAUUUAACGGUAAGAAAACCUGGAAGUUCUGGAACGUUUUUUGAAAAUAUGCCUUCUCAUCCAGUGUCUGUACAAUUCACCAUGCCUCCACCAGAAGAAAAGGAUGGAACUACACAGAAACCUACUGAGCCUCCUGUAGAGCUAGAAAAUCAGUUUAUUCUGAGAAUGCCACCAACUCCAGCAGCAUCACUUCGUGCAGCAGUCAGAUCAGGGGUAAUGAGCCUUAAGGAUAGGCUGACUAUACAGGUAGAACCAGAUAUGAGACAUGGAACUGUACGUUUUGACAAAUGGUCUAUGUCAUCAAAGAUAGUUGAUUUACCAUGUAUUCUGGAAUCCCAAAAAACUUUAGACAGAAAAAAUUUUUAUAAAACAGCUGACAUCUGUCAAAUGAUGGUGUGCAAAGAAGAGGAUGAUCCUCAAAAAUCUGAAGAAGAAGACUCAACCAAAAAGAAAAAGGAUAAGGAUAAAAAAUUCAUGUGGCCUCAUGGUAUCACUCCAUCUCUUAAAAACGUCCGUAAAAGAAGAUUUCGAAAGACGUUAAAAAAGAAAUAUGUUGAUUUCCCCGAGAUUGAAAAGGAAGUAAAAAGACUGUUUCGCAUGGAUAAUGAAGCAAUAAGUGUCAGGUAUGAAGUAGUGAAUGCUGAUGAAGACAAAGGAGAAAAUAAAAAUGGACCAACAGAAGGUACUGUUGGUAAUAUUUUGUCAGCUGGUGGCUUUAUUAACAGCAAUUCUCAGAGUAUGGAUGUUGCAGAACAUGACUUGUUUGGUGAAGUUCUUAGCAGCUCUGAAGAGGAUGAUGUUAAUAUUAUGGAUUUGGAAGAUGAUGAGGUCAGUCGUGCAUCAGUAGCAACAUCUAAUAUAAAUGAAACUACACCUAAUAAAUCAGAAAAACUUGUUACUGAAUUCUCUCGAGGUAUGUUACGAAGUCCAGCAGGUUUAGGAGCAUCUGACACAUCACAAGAUCGAGAAUAUGAAGAUAAUAAAAAAUCUAUUUCUCCACUUGCUAGUGAGAAAAACAGACCACAAAAACAAACUAGUUCAGCAAGGUCAAAUGGGAAUCAGUUUGUUGUUAAAAAGGAGGAUAUUAAAGAAUCUAGUGAACAAGGAAGAGAUGCGUUACUGACAAAGUUGGAUUUACUGGAAAAAGAAAUCUUAAAUAUUCAGGCAAGAAGGCAGGCACAAGAACUUGAAAUCUCAAACAUUGAGAAUCUAGCUCUGAAGCAAAGGUUUCAAAGUAUUAUAGAUAACUUGAAAGAACAGGAGAGGGAAAAACAAAGACAGUAUGAUGACAUUGUUAUCUUGUUACAUCAAGAUUGAUUUUACAUUGUUUAUUUAAUGUGCUGAAGGAAAAAAUAAGGUAUAAAAGUGCUACUUUUCUAUGCUUAUUUCAUAAUAAGAUGAUUAGUGGGGCUGUAUAAUUACUUUUGUUAAUUGCAUAAAGAUGUAUAUUAAAAUGUAUUACUCAAAUGGUGUAUUUAAAUAUAUUCCACAAAUAAUCAUCUUUUUUUGUUUAAGCUAUUUAUUCCUUUCACAACUAAUAAUAAAAUAAGUUCAAUCAGACAAAUUUUAGCUGACCUACGAACUUUAAUCAAGUUAGAUUAGAAUAAACGGAACUUACAAGUAAAUUAUCUUGAAAGCUUGCUUUAUUUUUCCCUAUGAUCUAGUGACCAGGUUUUCUAUAAUUUUAGCAUUUUUUUUUUCCUGGAAUGACUUUAAGCAACAACUUUAACAUAUACUGUGAGAUUGCUUUGAUGCAAAAAUAUGUUAAAACACAAAUUCACCUGUAUGCAAAACUCUGUGUAACUCCUCCACCCCCUCCAUGUCUCAGCUUGAUAUAACAGCACGAGUUCUUACUCUUCAUAUGAUACAGUCACCAUCAAUGGAAGUUCUUUGCUACCCCUGUUCAUUUUUCUAAUGUAUCUGAUAACAGUCUAUACAGUGCAGAGUAUUGGCAAAACCAGCCAUAGGCUAGCAAGAACAUUGAAAAUGCCAUCUGAAAAACACUUGGUUACCCAUGCAUUUGCAGUAUGUACUUGUUAAAACCCUAAAACAAACAAUGAAUAUGUUAUGCAUUAAAAAUAUUUCCACUUACUUUAACCCAGACUACAUGCAUAGUCACGAUAAUGUUUUUUUUUUUUAUAUGUUCAUUAUAGUGAAAAGUUUAAUCUAUUGAUUUUGAAUUUUACUUUUCAGGCCUUUUACUUCAAAUUGUAAUUUUGUAACUAUACCAGUGUUGAAGUGAGAGCUUUGUGCCCAUUUAUUUAUUUGUUCAUUACAUGUUUUUUUGUUGUUGUUUAACAGUGAUACAUAAGAGGUAUAAAAAGACUGCUUAAGUUGUGUAUGAAAUGUAAACCUUAACUAGAUCUUGGAAAAACUUAAGUUUAAUAGAUUACAUGAAAGAAAGACUUAAAAAGGUGUUUGACAUGGCAAAUUCAACAAGUUCUAUUCCUUUGUCCUAUCAUAAUUGUAAAUUCUAUUUCACUUUUAUUAACAUUUACAUUUGAGCCUGGACAUUGUAUUACGAGUGAAAAGUUUUAGUGAUGAAUGUAUCAUUAAAUAGACCAAAAAAUUUUCAAAAUUUAAGUCGUAUAAAACACACUUGCAUCCAUAGUCAAUAAUUUUUAUUAUCACAAGAGUUGCAAAAGGUCUUAUGUUAACAUAGGAUUUUAUGUUCAGUGAAAAUCACACAUUUUUUAACACGGAGCAAGAAUUUAUUAAACUAUAAAUAUUGUGUUUACAAUUCAAGUGUCUCACUAUCAGGUUUCCAAUCAAUUGUAAGUUAAUACAUACACAGAUAAAACUACUUAUCUGUAUUACAGAUUAAAAAUCAUACUUAUAACCAGAUAAUUUGUAAAGAAACACCCACACACACUGAAUAAAAGUUCUAAAACAAUGUGCUAGAAUAUAUUUCUUUAAAUACUAAUAGCACAGUGUUCUUUCCCAAUUAUGCAGUAUUUAACUUUUUCAGGAAUUUCCAAGAACAAGAUUUUUAGAAAUCUGACAAAUUCUCAAGAUUUAUCCUCACUAGACAUAAGCAACGUCUGUGAAUGUCAAUCCACACCACAUGUGUAGUGGAAAUACACCAAAAAACUGGAAAUAAAUACAUGACCUGCUCAUGCAUUCUUACUGGACAUAGUAGGGAUGGUCUGUCCUACAAAACAUGUUUUGACAACAAGAGCUCUUAUGUCUGCGAUAGUAGUAGCCUAUAUAUGAACUAAUAUUUUUAAUAAAUUAAAAUAAUUUUCUUAUAUAUAUAGACAGGCAGACAACUUACUGCAAUCUUAGUUGUGUUUCUGUCCAACUUACUUUUCAUUAAUUUUCUAAAGUAUAACGUUAUAUCCUUGUUAAGCACUACAUAAUCACCAUCUUUGCUAUAGUUCAGGUUAUUUUGACAGGUCAAUUUCCUUUGAAUCACACAAUAAAAAAUUACAGAUUCUAUUUUAGCAAAGCAACAUCAUUCAUUGCUGGUGUGAUACUCCCAUUUGGCUAACAUCAUUCGUUGCUGGUGUGAUACUCCCAUUUAGCUGCAGUACUUCUAAAUUAUUCUCUCGCAUCUGGUGUGGAUGAGCUUUUAAGCAAGAUGUUACUACAUUAAACAAUUUCAGUGUAAGUGAAAUGAAGUGACAAUUUGAUUCUCCACUCAAAAUGUUAAAUCAAAUUUUCUGUUUGUUAUAAUUCCAAAUGGGUUAUCUAAAACAUUUUAAAAUUCACCCAUAAAACCUAAUUAUUUAUCACUCCUAACCUUAAGAAGUUUUUAAAGUAGUUGCAAAAACUUGGAGCACUAUUAACUAACAUAUAAAAUGCAGUCCAUAUAAGCAUAAAAAAAUCUGUAUAAUUAGUAGUGAACAUAAACUAGUCGUACAUCGUCAUAGAAAAUUUAAUAAUCGAAAAAUAAGUUCCAAUGUUUUAAAUUAUGGAAUGUUUAAUAGGCAUUUUGUUCAUGUGAUCAUUUUUAUCUUAAUUAGUCAUUAAUGAAAAUAUAACUCCUGAACCAAUCAACAUGAAAAGCAAAUUUUCAAGGUACAAACGUAAUGAAGCUUACUGUGCCAUGGUCAGGGACAUGAGACUCACCAAAACAUUUGCUACCACCCCUAGAAUUAUGUAUUUUCCUAAAUCUUUCAAAGUAAGAAAGUUAAUGAUAAUGGUACACGUAGUGUAGCAAUAACUUGAAAAAGGCUUUUUAUCAACAAAAAAAACUUAAACGACUGAAUUUGAAAACCUUAUCACUGUGCAGAAUAUAAUUCACAAUGUUACUAGCAAGUGCAAGUGUGUAUUUUCUUAGUAUUUUAUAUCACAGUAAUAUCUACUUUUAUAUGAUAGAAAAACUGACAAAACCAAAUUAUAUUUCAAUUGUUAUAACCAAAAAAAAAGUACUGACAAUAGAUUGUCAGAAGACUGGCAGUAUGUAUUUUACAAUAAAUUACUGAAUUGUGUUUGUUACCUACAAAGCAGAACAAACUGCUUGAUAUAGGUUAUCAUAUAUAUAUAUAUACAUAUAUAAACUGAAAGACCAUAC